UGUGUUUCAUCUUGUAGUGAGUGAGUCUAAAGACUUCCAGCUUAUCAGCUGUGCUGCAGAUAAAUCCGUCAUAUUCAGAGCUGCCCAGAAGGUACUGUAUAUUACCCUAUUCUAGUUUUCAGAGCAAAUGUACGAACACAAUGUGACCACAAAUAUACCGCAACAAUGAGUAGCUGGUUAGCGUAGGAAACAGUGGAGUUUUUAAAACAAUGAAAGGACAAUCGACCAUUGCGAUCACUGAAUCAAGACUGAAUGGACACUAUUGUAAAUGACAGUUUUGCAAAUGUCCAUUAUGCUUAUUAUAUUAGUAUACCAUAGUAAGAUGAGUUGUGUAGCAUGUGAAGUUUGGUUUAUUCCCUGACCAGGAUCCUGAAGUGCAGUUCACGAGGUAUACCAAUGUGGCGACGAAAACAACAUUUUAUGACAUGGAUAUUCAUCCUUCAAAGUAAGUACCCUCCUCGCAUGCGUUGUAGAAUACUUAGGAAGAGAACAGGAGAGCUUUUUAAGAAAUACAACUACUUUAACAACACAAGAAAAGACUUCGACGUUUCUAGCGAGAGUCCUUCGUUUGCAAUUUAGCUGCCGAAGAAGUUAGAGAGAAAACUCUUCAUUUUUAUUCUCGACAUAAUAAGCGUUCUUUAGGUAGAUAUUCUUCGCUCUCUCAAAUGAGCCUUGAUCUAUCCGCGCGUCCUGGUGUAGUGUUGUCUUUAGGACAGAGUUUAUUUUCUACCAAUUGUUUCUUUUUAGAACUUAUGCGGUUACUGCUGGUCAGGACCGGAAUAUGAGGUAAACACGUCAAUAUGAUCUGUAUCUAGCACAACACUAAGUUACAGUAUGUCCAUGUCAUCCCCUAAGUAUCUGAUGGUGACAUUAGACUCAGGGGCGUAACUCUUUCAAAUGCCAAAACUCUGUUUUCAACUCCCUUUUCAAAUGCCAAAACUCAGUUUUAAAAUGUCAGAACUCCUUUUCAAAUGCCAGAACUUCGUUUUCAAAUGCCAAAACUCAGUUUUCAAAUGCCAGACCUUUAUUUUCAAAUGUCAGAACUCCCUUUUCAAAUGCUAAAACUCUAGCUGUUUUCAAAUGCUAAGCUGUUUUCAAAUGCUAAAACUCUAGCUGUUUUCAAAUGCUAAAACUCUAGCUGUUUUCAAAUACUAAAACCAAAGGGGUAACUGUUUAUGUUACACUGCAGUCUAAUUAGGGCCGUAACUUGGGUAUUACGGUUGGGGGAGGUGUGAGCACAGAAAUGCUUUUGAAUCAAAUUGAUAUUAUAACUCACAAACCAGAACUUAUUUUAUACUAUCGCCAUGUAGAACUACAAAAAUAUUAGCAGUGAAACAUGUCUGAUAUUAUACCUGGUUGUCACGAACUUAUACGAAUUUUAAUAUUCUUUUCUUUGUACUCAGGUGUAUGAUAUACAGUAGCAGUGAAACAUGUCUGAUAUUAUACCUUGUUGUCACGAACUUAAGAAUUUUAAUAUUCUUUUCUUUGUACUCAGAGUGUACGACAUAGCAAGUGGUAAACAACUCCGGUCAUUUAAAGGAGCGAUGGGAGACGACGGCAUUAUUCUCAAGGUAACAAAUUACAAUCUUUACAAUCCCCUCUGCUUACUUCACAACCUGGUCUCCUGUGUGUCCUUGUACCAGCUGGUUUACCAAUGUGUAACAUACUGAAAUACAGUAGCCUAUAUUUGGGUGAAGUAUUUGAUGAGAUAUAUCGUAUGUUAAAACUAGGUGUUGCUGGACAGAUCAGGAUUCUAUGCAGCAACCAGUUGUUCUGAUAAAUCUCUGGCUCUUUAUGACUUUGAUAUCGGAGAAUGUGUGGCUGGCAUGGUCGGCCAUUCUGGUGAGUUGAGACUUCUUGUUGAUUCGACAAGCGAAGAGUCUUCAUCGGAAGGGUAGUUGUGACUGGUCACCUCCUGAUGAAGUCCUUCGCUGGAGAAAUGUUUAAAUCUUUUAAACGUUGACAGAAAUGUCAGAAACCACACUUUUCGGUCUCUGAGCGUUUAUCGUCUUUUUUUAGAAAUCGUCACUGGACUACAGUUCUCGUUGGAUUGUGAGAGAUUGAUCACCGUCUCAGGAGAUGGGUAAGUCCAAGCUCUCUCCCACGGGUCCUUUAAGAAAAGAAGAGGAGAAGUGUUUUACAAUAUAUUACAUUUUAUUGCGUAUUAUCCAUGCAGCACUAACGCAGCUAGAUGUAUAUUCUCAGUUAAAGGGCAUAUGACUCGAAAAUUGACGGUGUUAUUUUUGUUUUCUAAUGUGAAAGUUCAUUGAAAACCGUAGAGUAACUUCUUUGAUAGAUUUUUGUUUUCUGGCUUCGUUUUGAAGAUAUUUCAUUUUGUAUGAUAUGCAAAGGAUCAAUUAUCUACGUCAUAUAUGCAUAAUGAUUUAGCCCUGAAAGUUGUAUAUCAUUAAUACGACUAAACACAAUCUGGUCAGUAGAAAACCUACAUGGGUGUUAUUGUGGACAAAUCUCGUGCUCAUUCAUUUUGAGCGAAUUUAUUUGAUAGUGACAAAAUUAUAUAACAUUUUAAAGAAAGUCAUUAUGCAUAUGUGACAUAGGAAGUUGGUCCUUUGCAUAUCAUACAAAAUGAAAUAUCUUCAAAACGAAGCAAGAAAACAAAAAUCUGUCAAAGAAGUUACUCUACAGUUUGCAAUGAUCUUUCAAAUUACACUAAAAAAUAACAUCGUCAAUUUUCGAAUCAUAUCAUGCACUUUAAGCAAUCUUUUGUCAAGAAAUUUUAAGGGCCCUCUGAUCAUUUGUCAGAAGUUGAAGUUUGGUUACUUUUUUCAGUUGUAUUUUUGUGUGGAAAUUACCAUCAGCCUUUUGUCAGGUUGGUGUGAAAUUAACUGUUCGCUGUAUACUUCUAUCUGUAAUAAUUUACAUAUACUUUUUUCUUUGAAAAGAUGCUUUACAAAGAAAUGAAAUUAUUUUUAUCUUUUAGAAUAUGUUGGAGAAAAUGCAAGAGCAAGACGAAUUUGCGAACAGGUCGACGCUGGAUGAAGUGAAUGAGAUCGAUGGCGCCGAUGAAGAAUUUCGUCCCGCCACAAACGAUAUGUUUGAGAUGAAAGAGCGUAAGUACAGAUUAUUUUUAUUGCUUUGGUGAAUCAGAAAAUUAUCGUUUGUUUAACUCAUUGGAAAAUGUUUGUUAUGUAGCUGACUCCUUGUUUGAUGACUAUCGACUCAGCACGAUCAACAAGCUUCCUACCUGGGCGAAAAAGCAGGUAAGUUUAGUUGGUAUUCUAUCAAACUAAAUUAAACUUAGUCUAAAACUAACUUUAUUUAUACUGGAUAGCUCCAUCAUUUCUGAACUGUUAUUCCUAGAGGUGCAUGAAGAUUGAUACCUUAUUGAUCCAAUGUUGCUACAGCAGGGAACCUGAACUAAACUAACUUUAUUUAUACUGGGUAGCUCUAUCAGUUCUAAACUGUUCUUCCUAGAGGUCCAGUAAGAAUCAUCUCUUAUUGAUCCAGUGUUACUACAGGAGGAAACCUAAACUAAACUAACUUUAUUUAUACUGGGUAGCUCUAUCAGUUCUAAACUGUUCUUCCUAGAGGUCCAGUAAGGAUCAUCUAACUUUAUUUAUACUUGGAUAGUUCUAUCAGUUCUAAAUUGGUCUCCCUAGAGUCAAUCUCCGGUCAGAAAGGUGAAAGCUAUACGACUGUCACAACUGCAAUUCACAACUUGUAAAGUCUGGUUUUCUUGUGACAAAAUCAUGGUCCCUCAUGUGAAAUGAUCUAUAGAUCUAUCUUGUCUUUUGCGUACUGAAUGCAAAUCAGUCUUGACGUAUAUCUUAGAUCCUCUACUACAAUUUUCUUCGGCCACAUUGACAUGGUCGCAAGCGUCGCUAAGGCUCUGUAGCGUUGGUUAAUUUUUCUCCACGUACAAAAUAUUUCAGGUGAUUACGAGUGUGGAUAUGGAAGUUUCCGUCAUCACAGAGUCAUUUCAGUCGUCUAAUACCUCGAUACUCAAUACAAGAGCGAAACCCGAGGGACGCUGGGCAGAGGUGGGUUGAACUAAGACCCCUGUUACACGAUACUGGAUUCGCAUCGGAGCGACAUCAAACUUUACAGUUUCAAGGAGAGUUUAAUUAGCACUCGAAAUUAUGAUAAUAUAACAGAAGUAGUCAAAAAUUUCAAAUACGAAAGGCCGAAAAGCGUCUUAGUUGAUGUCGCUCGACUCGCUCUGAUGCGAAUCCAGUGUAACUGAGGCCUAAAAUGACAUCAUUCCUCAUCCCUCGAGAUAGAACUGUGAGAUUUUUGUCAUGGUGAUUCAGAGUAGCUACCAGUUUUCAAAAUGGUGUGAAAUUUAACUGCUGGUUUCAGCAAGCAUUACAAGACGGCGGCAAGUGAUGGUCAACUAAUGAAAUAUUCACAGUUGUAGGAACAAAAGAAAUUAAACUACAUCAGUAAAUUAUAUUUAUUUACCACCAAGUACACACGUAAAAUCUCACAUCUUGUAACAAGUCUGCCAACAAAUCGUCAACGAGAUUUAUUCGCACUGCUUGUCACAAGUUGUCAACCGGUUUGGAACAACUUGUUGACAACUUGUAACAGCCGUGUCGAACUUAUCAGACUUGUUGCAAGGUUGUUCUGACAAGUCCGUUGCAUGCUUGAUAUAACAAGAUUGUUACAACCUUGUGUUGACAACCUUGUAACAUCCUUGUUGUAUCAUGGCUGUAACAAACUUGUUAGCACAGUCUUGUAGCAAGGCUGAUAAUGCCAUCAAGCUUGUUACAAGUUGUUAACAGCUUGUUUCAAACUUGUUACAACAAACUGGGAACAAUCAAUGCGAACACAACUUGUCGACAGCUUGUGAACAGAUUUGUAACAACUUGUUUGCAGACUUGUUACAACUUGUGCGUUUUUACGUGUGUACAAGCCUACGACAUAUAAUGAAAAUAAUCAACAUUAUUUUCUCACUCUGAUAUUUAUAAACUGCAGGUUCACCACCAUCAGCUGCACAAUAGUGCUUAGUGAAACCCAGUUAUAUUUAAACUAUCUCAUUUUGUUUAGCGUUUCAACCCGUUGGAGAUUUUCCCUGAUUCACUUGGUGAAACAGACAAAGCCGUUGGUACGUGGAUAUUAAAAUGUAUAUUUAGUCAUUUUCUGAUCGACUUAUAAAAACUUAUGAUAUUAAUUAUACUUUUGAAUAAUUUUCAGACGGUAGUCCUGAAACGAGACCCUUCCAACAUCAUCUGGAUUUGCUAGCUAACACGGUAUGUCAUACAUGCACUUUAUAAAUUGAGUCACACAUAUUUUCUACAGAUAUUUUACUAAGUAAUGAUAUUUUACUGAAAUAUUUCCCCUAACAUCUUAUGUUUUGCUUUUUAGCCACUCGAAAAACGCCAUUCCAACGGAUCGGUAAGUCUAUAGUGCUUGCACGAGCCCUAUAUUAAGGCUCAGGUUUACACCAUCAAAGUUUCUGUGAUCACAGUAGGAAUUUUGCAUCUAGGUAAAUUCUAAGAUUUGAAGAAUUUGUAAAAAAUGUUUGAGGAAACUGAUUUAAUGUUAAACAGCGACGUCCGUUCCCUUAAACAUUUCUUACAAAUCCUUCAAAACUUACAAUUUACCUAUCCAAAAUUCCUACUGUGAUCACAGAAACUUUGAUAGUGUAAACCAGGCUUUAAAUUAGCGACUGUUUCUGUCCUGAAUUGUGUGCAUUCACGAAUAUUUAUGUUCAUAUUAUUUUUGAAGCUGACAGACGAACCGAUUUUCUUGGAGAAUGCAGAAGCUGCGUUACAGUUGUAUGAAAAAGAAAUUAAGAAUAAUGUAAGUCUAAAAUAAUAUUUCUUUGCAACGAAGUCCAGAUACGAGUAUUUUAACUGGCUUGAAAUAUAUCUACAGUAGAAAAUUAGUGGAUUUACUAAAAGCACUAUCCUACAAUAGACGGGCACGGUUGUUCAAAGGUGCGUUAACGCUAACCCUGGGUUAAAAUUUAACCUGCUGUUUUAGUUUAUGUAUUUCUGCAAGUCUGUUUAUUUCAAAACGUCGUUGAAGAAAACUCCUACUAUAAAUCCAAGCAAGAUUUUUGAAGAAAAUUUCGAAAUUUAUAAACAGGCUGUUGAGUCUAUAGUUGUAUUUUUCGCAACCGCUUCUGGUUAGGUUUAAUCAAUGUACAAAAUUCACAUAUACAGAAACAUUAUAAAAUUCCAUAAACCAUUCUACAAUGGACCUUUCCUGUAAUUACGUUACGACCAACACUGUUUUCAACUUAGUGCCACCUUAAAUGGAAUAGAUCUCAAGUUUGUUUCUCAACGGCUAUGGUCAGAGAACAGAACACCCUUCUUCAACACAUGCAUAAAAAAGAAUUUUGGAUUUUGACCAGUAAAUGUGGAAAUAAGCUUAAACACAAAAACGAGGCUGAGGGGCCAAAAGGGGCCAUGGCCCCUCAGCCUCGUUUUCGUGUUUAAGCUUAUUUCCACAUUUAAUAGAAUAAAUCCAAUAUUCUAUUUUAUGUAUGUGUUGAAGAAGGGUGUUCUGCUUCUGUGACCAUAGCCCGUGAGAAACAAACUUGAAAUAACAGUGUUAGUCGAUGCACAAAAUUCUGAUAUUGUACAUAAAUGCUUUAUUUUAGGUGGUAGAAGAUUUACAAUGUAAUGUGACUGUAUCUCGUGGUAGCGACAUCAAUGUUGAAGCAAUUCAAAAGUGUCGCGUGGAGGAGGAGGAUUCUUCAGAUCACAAUGACAGCAGUCUUAAUAAAGAAAGUGACGAGGAUAUUAUUUAUUAUCCAAAUGAAGAGGAACUGGACGGCGAAGUCGCAAGGUAUAGAAGUAGAACCAGAAUGCAUUUUCAGCUGCUAGAGAGAUGAAUCAAGUCCAGGUUGGGGUUAGGGUUAGGGGUGUGGUGGGGUUAGAGUCAGGGUGAAGGUUACAUUUUAGGUUAGGGUAACCUUUUAGAUUAGGGUCGACCAAUCAUUGUCCAAAAUGGAUUCCUCUCUCUGCCGAUAUUAUAGGUAAACUACGUGAAGCGUUCCUCUUUUGAAUUCAUAACUUGAUUGCAAUUUUCCGCAUUACAGUACCUUUGCAAAAUUGAAAACUCCCUUGCAAGUCCCUUGAGGGCAAUUGUUCCUAUCGGCUGUUGCAGUAUUUCAAUGAGAAACUUUCUUAGAAAUUUUCCUAACUUCCUGGUUGUUCCUAGCGUUGUUAUUGGUGGAUUAUUUUUGUUAGCCAAUUACAGAACAGGAAGUUAGGAACUUGUAACAGGAAGUUAAGAACUUCUAACAGGAACUGAGGAAAAUUUAAAUGGCUUUUAGGAGCAUUGCAAAUUCUCUCAAGGGAUUUGCAAGGAAGGUUUUCAAAUUCGUAAAGGUAUUUAAAGAAAAUUACAAUCAAGUUAGCUUGACGUAGUAAUUUUAAGCAAUAAAAAUGAAUAUCCAAUUAAACGCAAAAUUUAACAUUGGUAUAAUGAUAUUUUAUGAUUCAAAUUAACCUUAUAUAACCAGAUAUUUGUGGAGAUCAAACCCAAUAAGUUAUAAAAUAUUUUGAUAAUAACAUAUGUAACAAUAUUAUUUUUUUUAACGCAUGAAAUUUAAAUGUAAUUUCUAUUUAAAGCCUUUCCACUGACAAGAUGUGUAAGACUAACCCAAGUAAGGACUCGUUAAACACCCAAACUAACCCUACGACUAAAUCUGACCCAAAUAAAUCCGAAGAAAUAAACGAAGUACAGACAACAAAGCCAGGUUAUAAAAUACCUCUGAAGAAACGCUGUAUCGAGGAUAUUCUACAAAGUCCGACAGAUGAAGUCGGUUAUUUUGAAAUGCGUUCUGGUCAUUCGAUGGAUAACCUAGUUAUACACGAAGUCGAAUUUGCUUUGUUAGGAAGGCGAGACUCUACUGAACAAACUCUUGAAGCUGUGUAAGUUUUUAAAUUUUAAAUACCAGAUUCAAUUCAUUCUAAAAUCACCUUCGUUAAAAAUUUCCUAGUUAAAGGACAAUAGCAACAAAUAUUUUUACUAAGAACGUUUAAAUUAUCUAGAAAAUCGUGUUACUCAUUUUUUAUAUCAAGCUUAUUAACUCUUAAGAUAUUUUAGCUGAAAGCAAUGAGCUAUCUGCUAGUGUGGUUAGCUUUAUAAAAUUACUUCUAAGUUACUGUAACAGUCAAAAAUUGUUUAAAAUGUUUUUAUUCAAUUCGAAAUUUGAACUAUAGCAAGUAAUAACGAGUUUUGGGGUCAUAUUCAUCGCUGGCUGUCAAGAUAAAAAACUUGCGCGACGUAAUAUGUAUAUCCUCAAUAAUCCAAGAUGUCGGACAUUGAUUUCAGUCAAAAAAUAUUUCAAGAGUUAAGCAAGAUUUGAAAAAUCUGUAACAACAUGUUAUAGAUAAUUUUAACCAGGAUUGUAGUUACAUUAAUCAGGAAAUCUAACCAUGAACGUUAAGUUACCCAAACACAGUUAAUUUUAUAUUAAUGAGGAAAUUUUUAACCAGAAUUUUUUUAGAUCGAAUUAUUGCGAUUUUUACCUUCAAAUAUUCGAAUCUUCUUGGUCUCAAUCCUAACACUAAUCCUUACCGCCUAACUAUAAUCUCAUCCCUAAAAUUAAUAUAACUUCUAAACCUUAAGCCCAAAAGUAAUCCUGACGUAAUACUAACAUGAAAUUGUGCGACUUCCACCUCCGAGAUAUUGAGUUCAGUCAACGCUCUGCAGAAAGUCGUGGGUUUUCUCUGGGUACUCUGGUUUCCUCUCACAGGGAAAGUUGACAGGGUGGGUUGGGAUUAGCCACCUAACUGACCCUUCCACCGUGGCUGUGCUCCGUGGUCAGACAUGAGUCAUAAGGUGGCUGCCAUAAGCGCCCUUAGAAAGCCUUCGACUAAUUGUUCAGGUUGAGCUGCGUCCAUCGUAAUUCAACUUAGCCCACCUACUUACAUACCUAGACAAACUACACACGUAAAAACGCACAAGUUGUAACAAACCCGCACCAGACUUGUAGCAAUGCUGUUCCGACAACUUGUCAACAGGAUGUGUUCGCACUGCUUGUUCCCAGCUUGUUGACAACUUGCUACAAGGUUGUUGAGCUCAACAGACUUGUUACAAGUUGUUCCAGCAACUUGUUAUCGUCCUACAAUUCAACAAUUUGUCAACAAGUUGUGAGUGACAAGCUUGUAGCAACUUGAUGAAACAACAGCAUUGUUACAACUUGUUGACAAGCUUGCUACAAGUCUGUUGCAAACACAUCUUGUUGACAAGUUGUGAAAUUUUUACGUGUGUACUUGGCACGGUCUGUAGUCUUUAAAUUAUUUCAUAUUUUCUGUUAGGCCAUACGAUGUGAAAAUAUAUGAAGAUUGUGGCGAUGAGAAAGAAUUGGAAACCCAAGUAAGUGGAAGUACUGCGCGACACAGCAGCCCCUGUAUUUUCACGUCUCUGAACAGGAUCUGGUUAACGAAAGUCGUAAUAAGAUUUUUUAAUGCUUGUGAUGUUACUCGACUCACUCUGAGUGUAUAUACACACCGGGCAAGCUUGAAAAAUAUGCCUGGCCACGGUGGGAAUCGAACUUACGACCUUUGGAAUACUAGCCCAAUGCACUGCCAACUGAACUACGCGGUCAGGUCGGUUCGAGUAUGUGAUAUUUCGGAACUGAGUCUAGUUCCUUCGAUAAUGAUGUAAUCUAGUAAUCAUGAAUUUUUUUGUGUUGGUGUAAUGUACUCGGGUGAAUAUGAUGCUUGUGAUGUUCCCACCGUGGCCAGGCAUAUUUUUGAAGCUUGCCUGGUGUGAAUAUAGCUACACUCAGACUCUCAGAGUAACAUUACAAGCAUCAUAUUCACCUGAGUACAUUACGCCAGCACAGAAAAAAUUCAAGAUUUUUUAAUUAUGAACCAAAAAAACUACCGGCAAGGUCGGAGUACGUAGUGCUGUGUUCCUCACUCCCUCAGUCACUGGAUAUUCCAUGCUUAGACACACUAGACACCAGAAAUGUUAUUAUCCUAACGUUUGUAUUUUUAGAACACAGAAUCCAAUUCCAAAGACGAAACUGACGAACCGACUGGUAAGACUGACAAGGGUCAAGGGAAACGGGAAUGGGUUGCGCCGCAAUUGCAGAUCAAAAUUUAGCCUCUGAACAAGAACAAAAUACCAAGUGUACCACUAGAUAACUAGUUCCUCGUGAUUUUUGGAGUUAGCAUCGCUCCAUAACUUCUUACUUUCUACAGGCACGGAUCAAUUAUCAUCAAUAACAGAUGGUCUUUACUGGACCUCUAGGAAGAACAGUUUAGAACUGAUAGAGCUAUCCAGUAUAAAUAAAGUUAGUUUAGUUUAGGUUUCCUCCUGUAGUAACACUGGAUCAAUAAGAGAUGACUCUUACUGGACCUCUAGGAAGAACAGUUUAGAACCGAUAGAACUAUCCAGUAUAAAUAAAGUUAGUUUAGUUUAGGUUUCCUCCUGUAGUAACACUGGAUCAAUAAGAGAUGAUCCUUACUGGACCUCUAGGAAGAACAGUUUAGAACUGAUAGAGCUAUCCAGUAUAAAUAAAGUUAGUUUAGGUUUCCUCCUGUAGUAACACUAGAUCAAUAAGAGAACAUCCUUACUGGACCUCUAGGAAGAACAGUUUGGAACUGAUAGUGCUACCCAGUAUAAAUAAAGUUAGUUUAGUUUAGGUUUCCUCCUGUAGUAACACUAGAUCGAUAAGAGCUAGAUGAUCCUUACUGGACCUCUGAGCUAUCCAGCAAAUCGUUCCAUUUUCAACCAUGCAUGCGAUCAUUUUCAGGAGACUCCAUCUCAGACGAAGAAGACUUGUUAACCACAGAGAUUGUUCCAAAGUGGGACGAACUUCCAGAAAUUCCAGCACCGAGCAUUGGACGAGCCGACGUCGAAAACAACAAGGAAUUUUUCAUCGAAAAUUUUGAAUGUCUUGGCUCGACACCCACCGAGGAUAAGGAGGAACCAGUGUUCCAAAGUGCUACCGAAGAAGCUCCCAGCGACCCGUCGCCGUUUGUGAGAAACACGUUUCAACGCACGAGUAUUUCUGCCAGGUUUAUACAGAGGUCCAAGAAAAGUUCGGCAAGGUUUGUUAUUAUUUACAGUGAAAGCAUGUAUUUCGUUAAAAAAUAAAAAAAACACGUCAAUGUUUGGAGCAAGAGGACAUUGUCAUCUGAGUCUGGUUAUUCAAAGCUGGAUUAGCGCUAACCCUCGGUUAAAAUUUAACCUGCCGUUUCAGUUUGUGUAUUUCAAAACUUCAGAGAAGUAAACUUCAAACAAGAUUUCGGAAGAAACAUUUUUAAAUUUAUGAACAAUCUGUUAGGAAAUUUGCUUUGAAUUUUAGGUUAAUCUAGGGUUAAGCUAACCGGCUUUUUGAACAACUGGCCUGUCUGGUUGAAUGUUCUACGCUCCACUUGUUUCAAUUUUGUUCUCCAAAUUCAGCCUCGGCGCACUCGAAUUACAGGCAUAAAAAUUUCACAUCUUGUAGCAAGUCUGCCAACAAAAUGUCAACAAGUUGUGUUCGCACUGCUUGUUCCCAGUUGUUGUAUUAAGUGUGGAACAAGCUGUUAACAACUUAUCAGACUUGUUGCAAAGUUGUUCCAACACGUCCGAUACAGUCAUGAUAUAACAAUAUUGUUACAACCUUGUGUCGUCAACCUUGUAACAUUCUUGUAAGAUCAUGACUGUAUCAGACGUGUUAGAAAACUCGUGUAACAAGUCUAAUAAUUCCAUCAAGCUUGCUACAAGUUGUUAACAGCUUGUUCCAAACUUGUUACAACAACUAGGAACAAGCAAUGCGAACACAACUUGUUGACAGCUUGCAAACAGAUUGUUUGCUGUCCUGUAGCAACCUGUGAACGAGCAUACUCACGUAAAAAUCUCACAACGUCAACAAGAGAUGUUCGCAACAGGCCUGUAGCAAGCUUGUCAACAAGUUGUAACGAUGCUGUUAAUUUAUCAAGUUGCUACAAGGUUGUCACUCACAACUUGUUGACAAAUUGUUGAAUUGCAGCAGGACGAUAACAAGUUGUUGGAACAACUUGUAAUAAGUCUGUUGAGCUCAACAUCCUUGUAGCAAGUUGUCAACAAGCUGGGAACAAGCAGUGCGAACACAUCCUGUUGACAAGUUGUUGGAACAGCAUUGCUACAAGUCUGCUGCAGGUUUGUUACAACUUGUGCGUUUUUAAUUGUGUAGGUGACCUAAGUUGCUAAAGGUCUGCAAACAAGUUGUUACAAAUCUGUUCACAAGCUGUCGACAAGUUGUGUUCGCACUGCUUGUUCCCAGUUGUUGUAACAAGUUUGGAACAAGCUGUUAACAACUUGUAACAAGCUUGAUGGCAUUAUCAGACUUGCUAACAAGUCUGAUACAGUCAUAAUAUAACAAAAAUGUUGCAAGGUUGACGACUAGAGGUGUGCGUCGGAUCGGAUUGACCUCUCUCAAUCCGAUGGUUUGUCUAAGUUCUCAAUUCGAAUCCGAUCCGAUCCGAAGAUGAAAAAAGUAAUCUGAUCCGAUCCGAUCCGAAACAAUGUUUAUAAAAUCCGAUCCGAUCCGAUGCUAAAAUUCGUAAUCCGAUCCGAUCCGAACUUAAGUUGUGUACGCUGUACAGCGUGCCAUAGAUUAAGGAAUGAAUAGAUGGCUCACUCCUUUGAUGUUUUUGACGCUGCCGGCGCCCACGCAUGUUCUUGCCAGAGUAAUGGCGGCCUAGCAAGUAACUGUAGUAAAAUGCAUUGUAAAAUUGACAUCGGUGCUACUAAAUUCUGUAUUUUUAUAAUUCUGAUUUAUCUUUCCAUUAAACCCCCCAAAAGCGGAAAAAUACAGGAUUUAAUAGCACGGAUGUCAAUUUUACAAUGCAUUUUACUACAGUUACUUGCUAGGCCGCCAUUACUCUGGGAAGAACAUGCGUGGGCGCCGGCAGCGUCAAAAACAUCAAAGGAGUGAGCCAUCUAUUCAUUCCUUAAUCUAUGAGCGUGCGUUAAUUAUUAUGAACGUAUUUUUUCAUGAUCAUAAACGAUAUAUUGGAAAUAAUGAAUUUCUAGCAAAAAUAAGCAGAUACGAAUCCGAUAAAAAUUGCAGGGCGAUAUCACAUAAUUAUGCCUUAUAGCGUUCACAUUUACAGUACACAGUAACAGCAGUUUAUAUUUUAUUAGAAUUAGCAUAGAAAAAAAACCCAACUAGUCAAAAAUGUUUUAUUCAGUAUAAUAAAUCAUGAGCUUGAGCUAGGUUUACAUUUUAAAACAUCUUAAAGUUUAUCACUAAUAAACCUCAUUGUCAGGCUUCAUGAUAGAUAAACCUAACAAACCAAACAAAAAAACACAACAUUCCUAAAUUUCCUAUAUAUCCAAUUCCCGUACGUAACUGAGAAAUAUACGUCCAAAAUCCAAAUAACUCAAAACUCUUUUUAGAAAUAUAUGUCACAAGAACUCAAAACACUUUUAUACCAGGUGUUCAAAAAAAAACUGGACACUGUUUGUUUCGCGAGCGAGCAAAACGUUACUUUGACUUUGUAGUUUGUAGUUUGUAUGGACUAUAUGGAUUAUGGAAUUACUUUUAUGCUCAAAGCCAUUGUGAAUUCUGAUGCCAUUUGUAACGUAAAAAGUGGAAUACAGCUGCAGAAUAUAGAACUUUCUCAAUUUGUAAAAAUAUUCGAAUAAUUCGACGUGAUACAAGAAAAAUCAAAUCCGAACCGAUCCGACAAAAAACCUGCAAAAUCCGAUCCGACAGAAACAAAACGAAAUCCGAUCCGAUCCGAGUAAUUUACUGUCCGAAUCCGAUCCGAAUCGGAUCGGAUUCGGAUCGGAUUCGCACACCUCUAUUGACGACACAAGGUUGUAACAAUAUUGUUAUAUCAUGACUGCAUCAGACUUGUUGGAACAACCUUGAUAAUAUCAACAAGGUUGUUACAAGUUGUUAACAGCUUGUUCCAUACUUGUUGACAACUUGGGAACACAACGAACACAACUUGUUGACGGCUUGUUAGCAGACUUGUUACAUGAUGUUAGAUUUUUACGCGUGUGGGGUCGCACGAAGCAAGAACAUCACAUGAAUUUAUUGUUCAUUCUGUUUGAACCUUUUUAACAGAUCCACACCGACUAAGGAGAUUGAAACAUCAAGCAACGAGAAUAUUGAUAUCUUAGAACAGGUUUGACUUUUUUUAUGACUUAUUUUUCCCUAGUAAUAAGUCAGGGGUAAUCGGUGGAUCAAGCGCUUUUCAUCCUCUGGACUCAAGAAGUUUUGAAGAAUUUGUAAGAAAUGUUGUUUUUGCACAAGUGAAUAUAACAAAUCUUACAAGUUGAUUAGUCAAAUUUGACGUAUUAAGCUUAAUAUAACAAAACGAAAUUUUCAAAAUGGCGGCUAGCUGUUCUGUGGAAGUUACGGAUGAAGAAAUAAGCGAAAUUAAUAUAAAUUCAGUCCCAAAAAACACAAAAGACUUGUGUAAAAAUACUAAAACAAUUAUUCGCCUCAGGCUCGGUGAUUAUAGGGGAAUAUUCACCUCGACUUCGUCUCGGCGAAUAUUCCCCGAUAAUCACCUCGCCUUCGGCGGAUAAUUGUUAAAUAUUGUAAACUUUAUUGGACAGUAAAACAACCUGUUUACACUUGCAAUUUUUGUUGUGAUUUCUAGUGCGAUCUCCUUCUGAUGGAUGUGAAUGAGUAGAUGAGUUAUGAAUGUUUUGAGUAUAUAUAUCCUCAUCUACUCGUCCACUCGUUCACAUCCAUCACAAGAUGAAAAUCGCACCUAAAAUCGCAGCACAAAUUGGAAGUGUAUAAAUGGGCCUUAUAAGACCGGUGUCGCAGCGGAUAGUGUCCCCCGCAGAAUGUGUCUCCCCGGACACUAUCCGCUAGCGGAUUAUGUCCCCCCGGACACUAUCUGCUAGCGGAUUGUGUCCCCACGGACACUAUCAGCGACGCGGAUAGUGUCCCCCCUAGCGGAUACUGUCCCCCCAUAAAACUACUGAUGUAAGCUUUUAUUAGGUUCUGGGUUUUAUUGGUAGAAAUGACGCUAUAUAAUUAUUAAGUUUAUAGCAAUUUACACUAAUCUAAACCUUUUCAACGGUCACAUCAAGAAAUUGAAUAGUAAUCUUAAUUAAAGGUACUUACCUGUCGAAAUGUUCAGACCGAAUCAUACCAAUAGAAAUAAGUAUAGCAAUAUGAUUUUCUUAUUAUGAAUUUAAAUUGAAACAUUGUUAUUAUCAAAUACAUCGAGUAAAUGAACUAAAUGACUCCAAAAAAACAACGGCGCACAAUGGCUACGUACACAAGUAAUGGCUGGAUUACUCAAAAGCAUUCCACGCAUUCCGCGUAAACAAAAGCACAAUGGCUGGAUGACUCACAUGCAUAAAAACACAUAGAAAGCAACUGACGUGUAUAUAGAGAUGGUCUUUACAGACUACAGUUGCCCACUCGCCGUUGUAUUGAGAGUAGGCUGCAAGCUUUUAGUAUGGAGAACGAAUCAACAUUGUAUCAACAAGUAUACGGCUAUCUACAAAAUGACAAAUGAGCCUUUGUUUUUGACUUUCACGUGGGGGACACUAUCCGCGGCAAAGUAAUUAAAGGGGACACUAUCCGCUAGCGGAUACUGUCCGCGGGGGGACACUAUCCGCUGUGACACCGGCAGUCUAAAAGUGUCUACAGAUUUGGCAGUCUAAAAGUGUCUACAAACUUGCGUGCGAAGAUUAGCCAAGCCCAAUAUAGUCAAUAUACAUGCAUGCGUAGGUCACUAUAGAUGCCUGAAGGAAGGCUAUAAGCAAUGUCUGUGUGGUGUAAAAGGAAAAACAAGGAUGAUUCCAGUUGUAAACUAAAUUUUGAUCCAGACAAGUAGGACGAAAUAGCUUAAAAGAACAUCCUUAAAUUACUGAAAUUGCCAAAUUUGGUUGCAAAAUGUUGUAAAAUACGGAAAAUAUAGCCCUGUAAAAUUAGGAAAUUUUGAGAUUUUAGUAUUACGCGCGGAAAAUUUUGAUCCGAAGAUGCAAUUUUUAUCCGAAAGUGCAUUUUUCCGCUCAUAAUAUACUAAAAAUCUCAAAAUUUGUUAAUUUUGCAGGGCUAUAUUUUCCGUAUUUUACAACAUUUCGCAACCAAAUUUUGCUAAUUUUAGGAUGCUCUUUUGACUAGCUAUAAUGAUAUAUUUCGUCUUUCUUGUUUAGAUAAAAAAUUAGUCGAUAGCUGGAACAUUCAUUGCUUUCCACAACACGUUACGUUAAGGGCAAUUUCUUCUUUUUGUCUAGAAAAAUAUUGAACUUGAAAAGCGAAGGGAGGAGUUGGAAUCUACGAAGAAACGUCUUGAAGCCGUAAGUGGAAUGUGUUGACAAAAUUAUCCAGUUUUGUCGUUGUUUUUCAUCAGUUUGUGACCAUUUCAAUGAUAUUUAAAACCACACGGAAAGCCAUUAUCAGAUUAAGUCACCAUGCAGCUUUGCGUAAUGUUUAGCAAAACGUGAAAUCUUGUCGACAGAUGACAAUGUGUCAAAGUAUAUUUAACAAUAUAUUUUGAAUGUAAAAUAAGGCAAAAUAUGGGAAAUAUGCAUUGAACUGUGAUAUUGAUGCUAUAUCAGACUCUCAUAUAGUCGAGUGUCUUGUUAGUAAAUACACGACAACGCUAAUGAUAUCUCAAACGUGGUGGUCCAGUGUAGGUAUAGAAUACUUCAAUAAUCUGCCGUGGUUUGUGUGUGAACUACCUGAAAAAGAUAUUUCAAACAUGCAUGGUGGUGCAGUGUAUAGGUAGUAUUCUAGUACAAUAAACUAUCAUGGUUUGUGUGUGAACUACCCGAGCCAGUUGGCGACGCUUUGAAGCGCCUUCGCUCAAAAUCUCAAGCUGUUUUAAAAACCUUUUCUUAUAGUUCAGACACAAACCACGACAGCUUAUUGACAAAGCUAUUUAUUCUAUAGACUAAUAGAAUGAAUAAUUGUUAGUGUUUUACAAAAUAUAAUCUAAAACGAUUUGUGCCAGUCGAGGUUGUGGCAAUAAUAAUUUUGAAUGAAGGCCCUUACUUAACUCACGACUAUAACCUCCCGAAACGUCGAAGCCCUUGCGAAGCUUUCUUGUUUUACAAAAUGACGAAUUUGGCUUCACUAUUUUAGAUGGGAUUCAAAUCACUUGACAACUGGACUAAAAAACACACUGACAGCCAAGCAAACGAAGAUUCGACGAGCAAUAUAGUAGAAACUGAAGGCGAACAAAAUUCACUUCCCGAUGUAAAGCAAGCUACGAUUGUCGCUUCGAAACCUGCCGAGAUAACAGAUGAAACUUCUCAGCAAAACGAACCAGAUAAAGCGGGCCAAAUUUCAGUGAAAACUGGAGAUUCUGUUUCGCUAAGAAUUGAAGUGCCUGUUUUUGAGAAAGUUGAAGUUUUUGGAACGGACGAAUCGCGUGAAAGCGAAGCAGGGAGCCCAUCAAAAAAAGCCUCGGAAUUAAUAGCAUUUUUCGACUCCGGACAAAACGAGAAGACAAGCAAAAUUAAAGCGAAUAAGAAAACCGAAAAAGCUCAGACACGUACAAAAUUGGGCGAAAAGAAAGCUAAGGAUAAACAUAUUAAUAGUAAAACAACUUUAAAUAAACUUAAAGACGAGGAAAAGGCACAAAAAUCUCAAAAUAGAAAAUCUUUUCCAUUCAGUUUAACAAAACUUACCAAAACGAAGGGUUCAGAUCGAAGACGUUCUGCGCCCAAAACAAAUUUGUCGAAAGCAAAAUCCUGUGGCGAUUUAAUUAUGGAACAAAAAAGCGAAGAUGUUGUUGAGCAGAAGCCUAGAAAGUUAUCACACGCUGAGGAAGAACAGAAAAAUAAGGACGUUUUAACUAAACAGGACAGCGAAAAUAUUGUGGAUUCUAAUCUGAGUGAAUUAUCGGCCGAGCUAUCAGCCGCUUUAGCCACGCCCGCACCGAAACUUAUUGAGCUAGAUUUGUCACGUGAUUACCUCAUGGGGAAUGGUGACAUCAGCACGGGAUAUCGAAGUCUCGCAGCAGACAAUGAGAAAGGUAUUCUGUUCGUAAAAAUGCACAAGUUGUUAAAAGUCUGCAAACAAGUUGUUACAAGUCUGUUAAAAAACUGUCGACAAGUUGUGUUCGCACUGCUUGUUCCCAGUUGUUGUAACAAGUUUGGAACAAGCUGUUAACAACUUGUAACAAGCUUGAUGGCAUUAUCAGACUUGUUACAAGGUUAUUCUAACAAGUCUGAUACAGUAAUGACAAACAAGAAUGUUACAAGGCUGACGACACAAGGUUGUGACAAUAUUGUUAUAUCAUGACUGUAUCGGACUUGUUGGAACAACCAUGUAACAAGUCUGAUAAUAUCAACAAGGUUAUUACAAGUUGUUAACAUCUUUUUCCAAACUUGUUGACAACUUGGGACAAGCAGUGAGAACACAACUUGUUGACGACAUGUUGGCAGACUUGCUACAAGAUGUGAGAUUUUUGCGCGUGUUAGCCUGGGUCUACAUAAGUAAGAAUCUCGCACAACUUGUCAACAAGAUGUGUUCGGAACAGGCUUCUACACACGUAAAAACGCACACGUUGUUACAGGUCUGCUAACAAGUUGUUACAAAUCUGUUCACAAGCUGUCGACAAGUUGUGUUCGCACUACUUGUUCCCAGUUGUUGUAACAAGUUUGGAACAAGCUGUCAACAACUUGUAACAAGCUUGAUGGCAUUAUCAGACUUGUUACAAGGUUGUUCUAACAAGUCUGAUACAGUCAUGAUAUAACAAGAAUGUUACAAGGUUGUAGCAACAUUGUUAUAUCAUGAUUGUAUUGGACUUGUUGGAACAACCUUGCAACAAGUCUGAUAAUAUCAACAAGAUUGUUACAAGAUUGUUCCAAACUUGUUGACAACUUGGGACAAGCAGUGCGAACACAACUUGUUGACAGCUUAUUGAUAGAUUUGCUACAAGAUGUGAGAUUUUUGCAUGUGCAAGCUUGUCAACAAGUUGUAACAAUGCUGUUAUUUUAUCAAGUUGCUUCAAGGUUGUCACUCACAACUAGUUGAAUUGCAGGACGAUAGCAAGUUGUUGGAACAAUUUGUAACAAAUCGGUUGAGUUCAACAACCUUGUAGCAAUUUGUCAACAAGCUGGGGACAAGCAAUGCGAACACAUCCUGUUGACAAGUUGUAUCUUGUAACAAGGUUGAUGAGGCCAACAGACUCGCAACAAGUUGUUCCAACAAGUCUGAUAUCGUCUGCACGUAACAAGUUGAUGACAACAAGCUCGUAGCAACUUGUUAUGAACAUCCUGUAUUAAUCUUGUUGGAACAACUUGUAGCAAGUCUGUUACCGUCAUCAACCUUGUAAAAAGGUCUCAUUCGGUAAUACUAGAGUGUUUUCUAGACUGUUUUUUUUUAUCUUUUCCAGCUUUUUCAAGUGAGGUUACAACGAACGAAUGUCAGGAGGUUGUGGUGAAUUUAGUUCGAGCAUUUGAACGCGCUUUAGAUUGCCAUUCCAAGGUAAAUCUGAUCAGUUCCAGUGUAAAUAAAGUUAGUUUAGGUUUCAUCCUGUAGUAACACUGAAUCAAUAAGAGAUGAUCCUUACUGGAUCUCUAGGAAGAACCGAUAGAACUAUCCAGUAUAAAUACAGUUUAGUUCAGGUUUCCUCCUGUGGUAACACUGGAUCAAUAAGAGAUGAUCCUUACUGGACCUCUAGGAAGAACAGAUUAGAACUGAUAGAACUAUCCAGUAUAAAUAAAUUUAGUAUAGUUUAGGUUUCCUCCUGUAGUAACACUGGAUCAAUAAGAGAUGAUCCUUACUGGACCUCUAGGAAGAACAGAUUAGAACUGAUAGAACUAUCCAGUAUAAAUAAAGUUAGUAUAGUUUAGGUUUCCUCCUGUAGUAACACUGGAUCAAUAAGAGAUGAUCCUUACUGGACCUCUAGGGAGAACAGUUUAGAACUGAUAGAGCUAUCCAGUAUAAAUAAAGUUAGUUUCCUACUACACAAACACUUCAUAUUAGAAACUAAUUUCCUGGGUUUUUCAUUCCAGAUUUUAAACGGGGAUAUCAAAGACAAUCAACGUCAAGGUUUAUCGAUGCUCGCUGCGACUUUUACGACGAUACAUGAAAGUAUUUCAGAGUGUAAGAAUGAACGAGAGCGACGACUCGUGCGCUCGCCCAGAGCUUCCAAAAACACGGAAACGAACAGCGAAGAACACGCUGAAACUCAGCACGCGUUAACUAAACACACAGAGACAAAGGACAGUUCACAACAGACAGAACACGUUUUCACUACAAACGAAAACGGACAAAUAACGCCACUAUUAGAAAAAUAUUCCGAGUUACUUCUAAAGAAAUUCGAAGAAAAAAUGAAUAACAAGUAGUAUAUUUAAAUAAUCAGAUAAUUUAUUGUUAAUAUCAAAAUACUGAAUUAUAUCAUCAGAUGGUAAUUUAUUUAAAAAAUAUAGAAAGAGUUUAAUGUUUGAUAAAGCAUAUGACGUACUCGGAUGCCUAUAGUUUAUACCACUGUUCUGAUAAUGUAAGCAUAGAAUGGAACAAAGGUGAUUAAUUAGAUCUAUACAAUCAUGAUUCUAGGUUCAUUCACAAGAUCAUUCCGUAAUUAUUCAGAUAUUUUUUCACCAAGCACAAGCUCUGCUGUCGUGAAUACAAUCAAUUCUCCAGUCACACGACCAGUGGUCACACGACCAUCUUUAUCAGACAAUGAUAUUUGAAGAUUUUUGGGUGUGCCAAGCAAAGAUACAAUUUCAAAAUAACCUUCCAUUGUUAAUACCUACAACAAGAGAAUAUUAAAAUACUAUAUACCACCACAUAGUUUACCAUGGCAUAGUAUACUUACAUACCAUACAAUACCACCACAUAGUUUACCAUUAUAGCAUACCAUAUACUAUACCACCAUGCACAUAGUUUACCAUUAUAGCAUACCAUACCAUAUAUGCCAUAGCAUACCACCACAUAGUUUACCAUACAGUCCAUACCUUGGAGUUACUUACCAUAUUACAUAAUUAUCAUACCAUAUCAACCACAAUAUACACCAUCAAUACCAUCCAACCAAAUUCUCUCCCCUUUCCAGUUCCUAGAAUAAUUCUAUAGUAUAUACCCUCUUAAAAAUUUAUAAUAAUAUUUACCUUUUCGUCUUGACCCAAACAAAUCACAGCCUUUGUGAUGCUACCAACACAUGUCAUAAUGAACGGUUCUUUUAGUUUGUGUUUUGAUACAAAGAUAUUUAGACCAUUACAAAUCUCUUCUCCUGGUACCAAACGCAAUGCAUAUGUCUUGAUGGUCAAGUCAUCGACAGUUGUGUCCACCUCUCCUUGUGAGGUUGGGUCCUGUGAUUCACUUUGUAAGUUUGACUCAGCAUUGUGGUCUAGUACAAGCAGUUCAGGAAAACCAGUUUGUUCAUCAUGUGUCCUUGUGAAUGAAAGAUUCUUACACUCUCCAACGACAAUCUCGACAUUUCCAGAGGCGACCACUGGUCCAAAAACAUGGCCGCCUAUCACCUCACCAUCUUUGUGUGAAAGCGAGGCGUGUAAAUGACCAUUGCCACCAGAUAUUGUACCAACAAAUGACUCUAUCUUGGUCAGGUCAGAAACUUCUUUCAC